ACAAAAUAGGAUCAUAGUUACUCACUAUAUGAUAGGGAUUAUGUUUCAGUCAACUACUGGCCAAACAAGGAUGCAGGGGGGGCCAAGUUGCGCGAAAUGUACCAGAAACUGCAUGCGCAUGCAGUCAAACCCGUGUCCAACGGAAAUUAGAUGAGCACGAGCAUAUUUCGGCAUGUUUUAUCAUUGUACGGACAUGAUCUCUUAUUUUGUUAUCUUUUUAUAUGUGUGUGAUUUUCUUGCGAUUUUGUGCAAUCGCUUUCUGGUGGUGCUAUCCAGCGUUUUCUGUUGCGCCAUAUCCCUUUUUUGUCUGCAGCGUUGGGGUUGCAUGACUCUUUCGUUUCUUCCUACCAGGCCCAUCCAGUCUAUAUAUAGAUGGACCUGGCAAGGCCACUUGUUGAUCAUGCGUUUCUUUCAUUUUGCUUGUCUGUUUCGAGGUACAUAUGCAUUGAUUGGGACAGCAUGGCAUCCGGCGUACGGGGACGAUUCGACGAAGCGCAGAAAGCGCAGAGGUGCUUUUUCAUCAUUUUUUUAUAUGAAAGAUCUACUUGCAUGGCGUGGUGGCGUUGUUCAACUAUACUCUCAGAUUUUGUGUUAUAUAUUCAUCGAGUCUCGGUCCCUGACUUCCUGACGCAGAUAUUGUUUUAUUUACAUACCCGCAUAGUUGGAACACAGGGUCCAAUGUACUAUGUUUGGGUUGGUUAUCUUUGCUUCGUGUAUCUUAUAUUCAUCAGGGAUUCGUCUUGGAGUUUGAUUGGUAUCUGAUGUGUUUUAUGUUCCAGUAUGAAUUCGAUU